GAGGAAGAGAGGCUUCUGGCGAUUGGUCAGACUCGGCUUUUGGUCGCUGAGCGAUUGCUUCAAUUCCAAAAUUUUUGUCGGUUGGCGCUCUCACAUGCCUCCGUGCAAACAUCAGCCCAAUCGGUCACCCAGCAACCGCGUCAACAACCACUUGAUCCGGCCUCCAUGCCGCCAGACGGUCUGGCUGACUCGGUUGUCAUGCUGCCCGAGCUCGCGUCAAAGUUUGUACCCUUCGAGCGUCAGAUACACGCUGAUGACAUAGCCGGAUUUUGGGCCCUGGUCAGCAUCCAAGUGGACCAAUUGCUUGCCAGUUUUGCUCGUCUUCUGCGCGACCCCUCGAAGACAACCCAACCAGAGGAGACGACUUUCACAAAAUCUGGUGUCAGAGUCCACAAGCGUCUGCCAGCCGUGAAUGCAAGCUGUGAACCUGUUUCCGUGACGAAUGAACAUGCCGCCAGAGUGGUCAGGACGAAGGAGAUGACGACGCGUGGUCAAUUCCCGGCUGGUGGUCAGGCGAAAAUCAGAAGUAAAAUAGGCGAAGAGGCAGCGGUGAGUAGUGCAAUUUAG